GCACGCGCCUUACUUUCCCCCUCUUCUCCGUCUUUAUCCCCACCUUUAUCCUUCUCCCUCUCGGUGGCGAGUGCCCCUAGAUUCUGGCAACGCUUCUCGCAACUGAGACAACGGGACAGUUUUCAUACGGCGCACCCUCCUGCCAAUCGAGUCGAAUACCAAAUAGUACGGAUACCGAGCCUAUGUGUUACGCGGUCGCGUAUCUAUCCACUAGAUCGGCUACUUCGCUGCUUGCUACGUGUGCGUAUACAACCGUGUUAAUUAGCAAAGGUGCCUUUACGUGAAAGUGUCGACAGUGAAAAGAGUAUCGCAAGAGGGAACAUGCUGGCGCGAGUAUACCGCAUUAUGAGUACCACGUUCGACGACUUCCAAGGUUUCAAUUAAACGACGUAAUCAAGUCAAUCAGAACUCGUAACAGCUUGGAGAAUCCAUCUUCAACGAUGAUGCUGAAGGAGGGACGCGACGACGGCGGCCACGAACGAAAUUGUUGUCCAACAAUAAGAUCAUCGGGGAGCGAGCUCGAGAGACGAAAGAUAAGAGAAGAUCGUCGAAUCGUCCCAGGCGUGUCGACCGAUUGAAUCGAUAGCUUUCUUUCUUCUUUUUGUUACUAUUUUCUUUUUUUUUUUUCUUCUUUUCAUCUUGUCGCGAACAUACGAUUGCGUCUGUGCCCCGAGGGAAUUCCGCGCGCAAUAACGUAAAUUGGCACCAUGGGGAAUGGCAUGAAUAAGGUUCUUCCCGGGCUUUACAUCGGGAAUUAUCACGACAGCAAAGAUGCAGAUCAAUUGGAACGAUUUGAGAUCACGCACAUUCUGGCGAUCCACGACACGGCUCGUCGAUUGCAUUCCGACAAACAUUACCUAUGCAUAUUGGCGGCGGACAGCCCGGACCAGAAUCUCUCUCAGUAUUUCUCCUUGUGUAAUGAUUUUAUUCACGCUGCACGCCUACGCGGUGGAAACGUCCUGAUACACUGCUUAGCCGGUAUGUCGAGAAGCGUCACAGUAGCAGUGGCCUAUAUUAUGAGUACUACCAAUCUUUCAUGGAAAGAGGCACUUAAAGUUGUCAGAGUAGGUCGUUCCAUCGCCAAUCCAAACGUCGGUUUUCAGCAACAGCUGAAAGAUUUCGAAUCCAGUCGAUUACACGAGGAACGACGUAGGUUGAAAGAGCGAUUUCCAAGCUUGGCGCUCACGGAAUCCGAUGCAGAAGUAUGUCGUACUACUUUAAGAAAUUACGAAACCAUGGCAUUGGCACGAGAAGUGUGCGAGGGAAAAUGUGCCAUGGGCCGUCCUUGUCCGACUGGACUAUGUAGGCAACCUUCCAAAAGGAGCCCGAGAAGAAAACCAUCGACGGGCAGUACCAGCAGCUUAAACACUGGUAGAACACCACCACAAACACCGAGAAUGCUACCAUCCGCGCCACCUUCACCCGCCAUGCACCGAUCAGCCAGCGUGCUCUCGACAUCGAGACCAAGGAGUGGUCCUGCUGGUUUACAUUAUUAUACCGGUGGAUCUGCGCCUCCUUCCAGAGCGGUGUCCAGGGUCGACCUGUCCGCUGCAGUGGCAUGCAGCAGUAGCAGCACGAGUCUAACAUCGAUUGGCAGAUCAGGCAUGUCCAGUAGUAAUUGGCGAUUGGCAGCUGGAUCUGCGCCGAAUACCCCGAGGCCGACACCGCCAGUUUCACCGCAACGUUGGCCAAGACGAGCUUCUACUCGACAAACACCCCCUUUGCCAAUCUCGCCGGAAACUCCUUCGACAACGACGUAGCACUUGCGGAACAUUGCUUCGUUCUCGACUCUGCGCGAGUAACCUCAAGUAAUCUCGAGUAAUCUCGACGUCUCCUUCUCGAUGUCUCUUCACCCAACGACAUCGCUGCUGCCUACGAUCAUUGCUGAUCACUGUCACGAUGCUAGCGUGUCGGCGAAAGCCCGGCUUUUCGCUGCGAUAAGGAAAAGGAAACGUCGAGAAACAUAUGGGGAAUAAGCGAAGAGCGAGAAGGAAUUUCUAAUAACGAAGCAAACUGUACUUAAGUUUCUUGAAACGAUGCCUGACAGUGCAAGUUCUUGUAAAACAGUCUUUCAGUAAAUCGUUUUCAUCGAGCUGCACCGCCACAAGGAUGUAAAGAUGUUUUGGACGAUUAUUCUGAAACGCAUGAAGUCAAGCCGUUUCUAUAUUACCAGUUGACCAGCGUGGAGACUAACGAAACGCUUUGUUAUGAAUAAUUCACGGUUGAAAGUUCGAGGAUACUUGUCUAUUGAUUGUAUAAAAAGGCUAGCAAGGGAAGUUAUGCCAGCUAAUACAGCGAAACGUUCGCAACGUCGCACGUCUGAAAGUUAAUUAAACGUCAUGAGCGAAAUCGCACAAGAUAUAUACUCUUUCCGUUCGGAGCGAACGUGUGAGAAAUUUGCGAAAUUUCAUACGCGAACAAAGCCGACACGUACGGACGGAAAUUAUUUCGAAACGCGUUUGCUCGCGCGUGCGAAAGAAAUCGCGUGCCGAAUAUUUAAACGUCGACUGCGAAUGUUAACCGAUGCGAUAAUAAUUUCGAACAGCGCGUAAUGGCGAUCAUCGACAAUCUUGCGUACGAUUCUAGAACUCUUGUUAAUUUUUUUAUCGCGUAUAAUGAAAGUUAUCGUUUACGACGAACGUCGAAACUGCGAAAAGUAAUCGAUCAAUCGAGCUAUUCUAAUGGAUACUUCGCUGAGGGAAAUUCGUAAAGGAGAAUUUACUCGUAGUGAUAACUAUCGAUCACUUUCCCAACCGUUACUAUUGAAGGUAAAAUGAAAAAAGAAAAAAGAAAAAAAAAAAAAAUGACGUAGAAUUCGCUGUUAGAAGCGCAGAAAAUCGUUGCAUCCGAGAGAAAUGCAUUUAAUUCGCGUACUCGUUACGCGUGUAACUUAAUCCCAUCAGCAAAUUCACAUCGAUCGAAUGUUACAUCGGCCGUCACUGUCUCUUUUAAUUCAUUUUAGCUGUUAAAUCAACGAUUAAUACCGUACGAUUUUGGUACAAUGCAUUCUCGAUUGCUGAACGCGGCGAACCGCUUUGAAUCAUUAAAUAUUUCUCUUCAUCGAAUCAGAGCUUGAUCGCCAUGUUUGAUGUUUGCGUUCAGGACAUCUAGAGAUGUAAUUUACGAGAAUACAAAGUAACUAUAACCGGCCGUUUUGUGAAUGCACGAAGAACGAAGUUGCAUCGUUGACAACGAGAUUAAUGUUAGAAAAAAAAAGGGUGUGGGGGGAGGGGGAAAGAAGAAUUAUAAUUAUUCUCGAUUACCCGAACAAAACACAAGUGAAAGCGAGAAGAACGCGAGCCGUUGUUCCUCGAAUCGUUCCAUUGAGUUUGUUCGCAACCGUCCAUUGCAGUUGUUGGAUUUGUAGCGGAAACCACGCUGUUUAGCGCAAGUUGUUAAUCCAAAGGAAAGCAUAUACAUAUAUACCCGCAUACACAUAUAUUUAAAAACGACGUGUCGAUGAAAGUAUUUUAUGCACACUAUCCAUUAACAGGUUGAAGAUAAGUCCCUUCUGAUCGCUGAUAAAAAGGCAACAAUCAUGUGACGAUUCCGAAUUUUUUUCAUUCUUCGACAUUUGUUUUGUCGCACAAUUUUAUUCGUAGCACGCUGGAUUCGGAGCACAUUGUAAUAUACUUUUCUAAGGUGCAAACGAAAGAGGUGGAAAUAUCGUGCAACGUCAACAUGUUGGAAGCGUCUUAUUUUCAGACGAAUCUUCAUCGUGUGCAUAAAAUUACGCUUGUCAUCGUACACCUUGUAUGCAUAUACACUUUGUAGACAUACGUUGUUGCAAAAGGAUUUCAGAAAAUUUUAUAACUUGUUGGCAAUGGUGAUUAUUAUGCGACUAUGUCGUAGAUUAGAUAGACAAGUUGUUAUUCUUUCGUGCACCGACGUACGAUUCGCGCGACGUGAGCGAGAAGAAAGCAAAAUUUCGCAAGCGGAUCUCCGAUAUCAUCCCUCCUAUCAUCGAAGCACACUUUCCUCCAUUCGCGUGAUAGAAACAUUUAUUUUUUUAGAAUCACUCGACUUAUCAUAGACCUAAAAAAGAAAAAAAGAAAAAAGAAAAAGACAAAAAAGAAAAAUCAAUUUUAGAGGAUAGAUAUAAAGCGCGCAAUUAAAGAAUAUAAAAGGCGCUCGUUUCAUUCAACUUUUUAGCGUUGUUCAAUGAGGAAAGUGAUUUUAACAAUUUCACUGUGAAUUAUUCGAUUAAAUCUGUUAAAAUCAUUCUCCGAGUAAGCUGUACUCCUUUGAAUAAUCUGAUCAUCGGUGCCCGAAGUGAUAGAAAUUAAACAAUCAUUUCCGCCGCAGUUGCAUACUUAUUGUUUAUUACCGUUAAUUGUUGCAUUAAGUAGGGACUGCAUAUUACUAGAUAGCAAUAACGUAGACGAAUCUUGAUGAUUCGAAAUAUACUCUAGUGACCGAGAUGAACCCUUACAGUUUCGUUGAUACCAGCUAUAGUUUUGGUCAGUUCAAAGGAGUAGAGAUAUGAUAAUGUUAAAAAUUCACAAGAUAUUUUUUAUAAACUUAUUGUUUUCAAGGUUUUGCUCGAUAUCAACAUAUCGCUGUUAUAUUAAUUAAAUAUAUAUACAUAUAUACACCGGUACACAUA